AACAAUAUAAGCCAGACUAAUAAUACUCAGAGCACAUUCGCACCUACCCCUUUCCUUCUCCUCUGCAUUCAACUUCAACCAUGUCCUCCUCUGCGACAAUAACUCUCCCUUCCAUCUCCAUCCCUAAACCAUCCAUCCUCCCCAAAGCCCGAAUGGCUCUUUCCAUGUCUGCCAGAAAAGCCUUCAAACAAGUCGGAAUAGGCUUGGCUUCUACAGCCGCGACUGCCCUACUGACCACCAACGCUCUCGCCAUUGAUGUCCUCUUGGGCGCAAGCGAUGGCUCCUUAGUCUUCGUUCCAAAUGAGUUUUCGGUGAACGCUGGAGAGCAGAUUGUGUUCAGAAACAAUGCCGGGUUUCCUCACAAUGUGGUUUUUGACGAGGAAGAGGUUCCUCCAGGUGUUGUCGCUUCUACCAUCUCUAUGAAUGAGGAGGAUCUGCUCAACGCGCCUGGAGAGACUUAUUCGGUCGCUCUGACUGCCAAAGGGACUUACACUUUUUAUUGUUCUCCGCAUCAGGGAGCUGGGAUGGUGGGAAAAGUUACCGUUAAUUGAUUUUGUUAUGGUGAUUCAGAGCUUUUUUGUUUUUAGGGUUUA